AUGGGGCUGCUGGAGCAGUGCGAGGAAGUGUUCGGGACCCCUGACAUUGACCGGGUGUUGGGUGUGCGGCGAAAGGCCUCGGGUGGCGAGGUGCGACGCGGCUACCACCAGGUGUCCCUGCAAGUGCACCCGGACCGCGUGGGUGAGGACGACAAGGAGGAUGCCACCCGCCGCUUCCAGGUCCUCGGGGAAGUCUAUUCCGUUCUGAGUGACCAAGAGCAGAGAGCAGUGUACGAUGAGCAGGGAACAGUGGACGAGGAUUCGGAUGUGCUCAACCAAGAUCGGGACUGGGAGACGUAUUGGAGGUUGCUCUUUAAAAAGGUAUCUCUAGAAGACAUUCAAGCUUUUGAAAAGACAUACAAAGGUUCUGAAAAAGAGCUGGCUGAUACUAAACAGGCCUAUAUGAACUUUAAAGGGGGCAUGAAUCAGAUCCUGGAGUGUGUGCUGUGUGUGCAGUACACAGAGGAACCCAGGAUAAGGAACAUUAUUCAGCAAGCCAUUUAUGCUGGAGCGGUCCCAUCCUAUAAUAUCUUUGUCAAAGAAUCGAAGCAAAAGAUGAAUGCAAGGACAAGGAGGGCUCAGGAAGAGGCUAAAGAAGCAGAAUUGAGCAGGAAGGAGUUGGGGCUUGAAGAAGAUAACUUGAAAGCACUCAUUCAAAGCAGGCAAAAGGAUUGGCCAAAGGAAAUGGACAACUUUCUGGCUCAGAUGGAAGCAAAAUACUGCAAAUCUUCCAAACAAGGAGGGAAAAAACAGCUCUCAAGAAAGAAAAUAAAUAAUGGAAUUUUCUUUUCAAAAAUCCUUAGGUGUUAA